GGAGGGAAUUGAACAAACAGAAUAAGGAAGUUGUUUUGAAAUAAGCUACAACAAUUGGCACAGAGUGGGCACAUGAACAGUUGAGACAUAGAAAAAUAUACACCGUGGAGAAAUUGGAUGGAAGAUAAUAGAAUUCUAGCGCAUGAAUCUGUGAGAAACAUGGAGGUCAAGACUGAGGAUGCAUUUAAUCAAGCUGGUAUGCAGAGUUUGGAGCUUCUAGAUUUACUGUUUGAUUGUCAAGAUGGUAUCCUUCGUCAUGAAUAUUCAUCUGCUGAGCCCUUUUGGACAACUGAAAACAAUAACGCUACUAAGGAGGAUGAAGCACUUUUGUCUUUCUUGCUGGCACCUAAUGAUUCCUCCUCAGAAUCGAAUCUCUGGUCACCUGCUGCCAGUGAUAGUGGUCUUUCUGAAGACAACCACUCAGACCAACAGGAUAGUCCUGUCCAGUACCACUAUACAGACUCUUACCAUAUGGUGCAUAAUCAGAGGGAUUUUCAAGAACCUAAUGUCUCUAUUGAUCUGGCUGAACAUACAGACUUGUGGACAGGGCACCUUUGUACUGAAGGUAGUAUGAAACCUGAAUCUCAGGGGAGAGAUGCAUCAUAUUCCCUGACUGUUAAAGAUCUUUUGCUGUCAAAUAACUUUGACUUGCAGCCCGCCCUUCCAUCAAAUAGUCGUAAUUCUGGGACUUGUGGUGAAUUAGUUCUGACUGAAGAUGAAAAGAAACUUCUUUCAAAGGAAGGAGUAAUAUUACCUACCCAACUACCACUCACGAAGUAUGAGGAGCGUGUCCUUAAGAAAAUUAGGCGUAAAAUCCGCAAUAAGCAGUCAGCACAAGAAAGUCGAAAGAAGAAGAAAGAGUACAUGGAAGGACUCGAGACCAGGAUGUCUGCUUGUACAGCUCAGAAUCAAGAGCUGCAGCGCAAAGUUCUAAUGCUGGAGAAACACAACAUGUCCCUCCUUGAACAGCUGCGCAAACUUCAAGCAUUGGUUUACCAGACUGCAGGGAAGACAGCUCAGACAGGAACAUGUGUAGCCGUAUUACUACUGUCUUUCUUCCUUAUAAUUUUCCCAUCUGUGAGUCAAUUUACAAAAAACAAAGCCCUAGAGGGGAGUGACUUCCAACCAGUCAGAGUUCUUUCCAGGUCCUUGAAUAACGCAGCAUUGUCUAGAGUAUUACAAAUAGAGGCUGCACAUUGGGGUAAUCCAGGAAGCCAGACAAAUAACAGAGAAAUGAGAUCUCUAAGAAAGUACCUGGAUGAGGUACUAUCUGUUAAAGCACAACAGUUAAGCGAGGAACAAUCAAUUGAAGUAAAGAAUCAGACAAGGCAGCUAAAUGAAGAGCAUAUCCUAUUGAUGGAUGGCAGUACAGAAGAAAUCCUACAUGGGUCAAAUGAUGAUUAUGUGGCAUCACAACUGAUAACACAAGUAUCUUGGAAAGAACCCUUGAAAGAAGAGGGUGAGCUGUAAAUUCUCUAACAGGAAAUAAAGAUGUCAUGGAAACAUACGACAUAACAUAAUGAGAACAUUUUAAUAAAGUAACAGUCCAUUCAAUGCAUCUUAUUAGAGCAAUUUAGCUCAAACACGGCAGAAAAUGUAACCCAUAUGUUUUUGUAAUUAAAUGAUUACAUUAUUUGAUGAAUAUAGAGGAACCUCUAACAAGGAUAAAGGGAGCCAUAGACACUACAAGAACAUGUUCCAUCAGUUUGACUACAGAUUUGCCUAAUAAAUCUAAAGACAUUUUUUUAGUAGCGAGCUGAUAUAGGCUUUUCUAUUAUAUCCCAUCAGCCAUGAUUGGCAGUUUGUACAAUAAAAUUCAGACUGCAACUGUUUACUUUAAAUAUAGAUUUGCAUGUACAUGUUAUGAUUUAGAGGGAAUCUGUCAGUAACAAAAUAUCCCUACAGUUCAGUAAGGCUAGUUUGACACUGCCGUUAUUAGUUCCAACAUCCUGUUCUGGCAGAGAACAUAUGAAGAGAGCUCCGGCAGGCUUUUCUCUUCAGAAAUAGCCCGCCGGAACUACUAAACGGCAGUGUGAUAGAGGUCUAAGUGGUGUAUAAUGUGAAUGAUGCUGAGUCCACUUAUGAAAUUUGUGUCUUUAUACUCACAUUCGGAUACUCUGCUCCCACAAACUGUCAGUGAAAUGCAUUGAAAAGAUUCCUGCUGGAGUCCACUUUUUUAUAAGUGCAGUAUGUGCUCAGGAGUCCUCUCAAUGUAGUUUACUGCUAGUUUGGAGAAGCAAAGUGUGGAAGUGAGAGUGAAUAUGAAGAUACAAAUUGCAUAAUAUGACUCAAUAGCAUCAUUUACACUAUACAUUUAGUUUGGGAGCUUAUAAAUUCCCUUUAAUGCUUAUAUAUACAAGGGGAAGUCAAAGUGGUUUCACUGGUAUUUAUUUUGUACAUGAUCAAGUUAUACUGAAUUGCUUAUAUCUACUGUAGUUUAUUUUUUUAACCAAAUCACCUUGUCUUACUUAAUCCUGACCAAAUCCCCCAACCCCAUUCAUUAAAAUGUAGCCUCAAAACUCAGAACCUCCAACAUGCUUCAUUGUUGCCUGCAGACACUUAUUGUAACGCUCUUCAGCAAACAAACUGCCUUCUGUUAUAACCAAAUAUUUAAAAUUUUGACUCCUCUGUCCAGUGCACCUGCUGCUAUUUUUCUGCACCACAGGUUCUAUGUUUUCAUUCAUAGUUGAGUCACUUGGCCUUGUUUCCUUGUUGAAAGUAUAGGUGCAAUUCUUCCAUAAAAAACACUUUUGGCCACACUUCUCUGAACAGUAGAUGGGUGUACCUAGGUCCCACUGGUUUCUGCCAGUUCUGAGCUGAUGGCACUGCUGGAUAUCUUCUGAUUUUGAAGGGAAAUAAGCACAGUGUGUCUGCUGCACUAAGUUUGCUUGGCUGACCACUGCAUCUACGGUCCUCAACGUGGUCAGGAUUAAUGGUAUACUCAAUGUUGAGAAAUA